UCAGAUUCUUGUCAAACACAGCCAGCUCGGAGAACUGACACGUUUGUAAUGCUAUUCGCUGGACUAGUCUCAGCCACAGGAUUUAUGGCAGCCAAUCACCGGUGGAGCAGGCCUGCCGACCGCAUGCCGGUGGAUUCUCGGUAGCACGCCCAAGAGGAACUCCGUACCAGACAGACCCUGGCGCAGUACGACCGAGGGCUUCCAAUGCCAUUCGGUCGCCAUCGCAUCUGCUGCCAGCUUCCAGUUCCUAGGUGUCAUCGGAAAUUAUUGAGCGAGUCUGAAUUUUCACAACGAUGCCCUGCAGGUAUCCAGGCUCUUAUGAGUUCCGAGUUGUCUGGCCCGCAAAGGGUCAAAGGCCGCAGCUCUUACAUGGCGCUUCAAACGCGAACGGCUCACGCAAACGGCUCACGCAAAAGUCUGAUUCCACCACAGGAGAAGGUGGCUUGGAAAGCCACAGAGCCGGAGAGAUCAUACGCAAGGCUAGAAUUUUCCUUUUCGACUGCACAGCCUCUUUUGGUAUGCUAUGCAACAAAUUCGUCAACGCCGAUCCCCAACUGUCCCCAUACAUUUACUUGCUCCGGUUUCGUUGAUCCACUUUGUGAAUGUUUCGCAAUCUGUUUCAUUUAGUCACUAUUAAUCUUUCGACGAACUACCCUCUUACAAAAUUUGAUACGUCGGUCGAUUCGGGUGUAGCUGCAAAGAAUUUUCACCCACGUGGCUGCUAUUUCAUUAUAAGUCCACUGGUAAUGUCGGUGUCUCACGAAACGGGUUCUUUAGUGGUGGAUGG